CGGCAAUGAUCCGAGAGGCACGUUCCUCUUCGUCGAACAGUCCCCUAUGUUCUCCGGCAACUCGAUGGGGGAGAACUCCAUGGUGACCACGUCAAGAGCACGCAUGGUGGCCCUAUCUUUGAUUCCCCAGUAUAUAGAGCCGUUGGCGCGCCACACCAUUUGGCUGUAGCCAAUGCCGGUGGCUGUGGUGCGCAUGCGUCAGCCACCAUGGCUGCCCGAGGAGAAGAGGCAGACUAGGUUCUCGUUGACGACUGCGAGGACCCUGAAGUUGGACAAGGUCAUGCGACAGGUGGUGUCGGUAGGCGUGAAGAAAAGAUUCCAGACUUGACGGCCAAUGGACCCCCUGGUGGCGCCGCGUGAGCGGAUCGCAGACAAGGAGGUCAAAGUAGCAGGACGAGGUGUUGCCCCGGUAGGUGGUCCUCACGAGGAGGAGAAGGCCACUGCGGCUGUCAAAGACCUUCGAGCAGUAUCCUCCGGGGAGGAGGUCGAGGGUGAAGUGGCGGCUGUCGCUAGCGGAGGCCGGCGAGGAGGGGACGAAGACGGGGGCGUUCGACCUCAGCCCCGAAGCUGACAUUGUACCCGUCCCAGUGGUAGUCGCCCACGCGCGUCGCGUGUGGGUGGGCCGAUCGGAGCCACGUGAGGAAUCCAACGUCGGCGACGACGCGGCACCAGUGCCUGCACACGGCGGCGGCGCGGACGAGCGACGGGGAAGGGCCGAGGCCGCGAGGCGGAGCAGGACGCUCUCGAAGAUGUGGGCUGGGAGGUCGAUCGUGCACGGUCGUCGCAGCCCCGGCCUCUUUCCACGUCUGCUAGGAGCUGUUCAUUCGCCGGCGACGUCCCUCCGCCGUGGUCGCCAUCGCGCGGCGCGAGAUCUAUCUUCGACGUUCGUCGGGUCAGGUAAGUGUAAGACGCACCCGCGCGGCGCGGUUGGUGGCUUGGUUAAACGAAACUGGCCGGUGCGUGCGGGUUUGGCGCGGUCGAUCCGAAGUUUGCGCGCCCACCAAGUUGUUGUGAUAAUGUGAUAUCUGCUUCCUUUUACGUACCGGAUCAAGUUUUAUUUUCCAUCUAUAUCUACAGUUCUACACCUAUUUGGUGUAUAGCCCGAGCUGUUUCUAUUUUUAGAUCCGUGUGAUCACGAAGCGACUUGGAGGGCGCGGCACGUACGCCUGCACGCACACGUACCGCUUUUAACGCAGGGGCAAGAUGAGACCGAGCCCGGCCGGCCGCGAGAGAGAUCUCACGUAUCGACACGUAAUGGCGACGGCGGCGGAGGGACGUCUCCGGCGAAGGAACAAGUCCAAGAAGAAAAGGGAAGAGGCCAGGGAGACGACCGUGCUCGACCUCCCCGACCACCUCUUCGAGCGCGUCCUCCUCGUCCUCGGCCCUUCCCCAUCCCUCGUCCGCGCCGCGGCAACAUGCAGGCGGUGGUGCCGCGUCGUCGCGGACGCCGGCUUCCUCGCGCGUCUGAGUUCGGUCCACGGGCUCACGAUACAUGCUGGGGACUACUGCCUCGAAUUCGGAGACACACCCAAUUACUUCGGCUUCGUCCCCUACUCGUCGGUUGUGCCUCCCGGACGCUUCUCCCUGGACUUCCUUCCGGGCACAGAGCACUCCUGGGCGCUCAAAGAUAGCCGCGGCAGCCUCCUCCUCCUCUCCAGUGGGAUGAGCCGGGACCGGGGCUGUGCCCGUGGCUCCUUUGGUUAUGACCUCCAGCUCGUCGUGUGUGAGCCGCUCACACGGCGCUACCAGGGGAUCCUUUGGCCUUCGGACGUGGCUGACUAUUAUCAAGAAGUACACCUAAUCGACAUCGAGGACGAGGCCGGAAAUCGCCGAGGCAACAUGUCCAACUUCAGGAUCCUAGCCAAGGUCAACGAUAAUCUGGCCUGCGUGUUCUCCUCCGGCAGUGAUGGCGGCUGGCGUCUAAAGCGCACCCAGGCCACCAUCACCGGUACAAAACCAUGGUUGGAUAAUUUGGUGGGGCGUGUCAACGGAUUUAUGUACUGGGGAAUCCAAGAAAGCGCCGCCGUGCUUGCCCUUGAGGAGGCCACUCUGGAAUACUCCCUUGUCAAGUUCCCGGAGAACAUAUGGGGGUUGUACAAUGAAGAUGACCGUACCUCUUGGGUCGUCGCCGGUGAGGACGGUGUCUUGUGCAUCGUCUGUCUGAUGAGCAACCAGCUCAAGGUCUUUGCACGAUGGCGCCAUGAAGGAACUGGAGAAGACGAGUGGGUGCUGGAAAAGACCCUGGGGCUGCAGGAGGCGACUGUCGGGUUACCAGGUCGUGAGGAAGGAUUUUUUGAGCAAGGCGCCACCAUUCUCACGGCAAAUUCCAUAUACGUUCUAGUGAGACCAAAGGAGAAGAAGUGGAUGUUCUCCAUCGAGCUUGACACAAUGAGGGUAGAAUGCGAGCACGAUAGAAACAACUAUGAAGGGCCAGCGUACCCGUACGAGUUGCCAUGGCCGCCGGUAUUGCCCGAUGAUCGUGGCAGGGAGAGGAGGUGAUAGGUAAUCGCCUGUGUAUUGUAGUAUUUCAGAAGAUUCAAAUAUAUUCUGUUUAUUUGCUAGCUUAAUGUCAAUAUCAGUUGACUCAAGACUACAAGGAGAUAUAUCAUCAUAAAUCUUGGCAUAAAGAUUGUAAGGAAUGAUAUUAAUGGGUGAACCAGGAUCGCACAAACAAAGAUACAGUACGUCUUACCAAAAGAACAUGACAAAACUUGU